AACGGUUGCACCGAGGUGGAUUUCUUGUUUCCGAUAACCUUGUCGUGUGAAUGAGGCUACGUGACGACUUGGCCGCAGCGGCGCAGUUAGUUUAGUCUCAAAUUGCUGACCUUUGCUGACCAGGCCGCAGCUGCCCGUAGCGCCUUGUGCAAUAUAAAAGCGAAACGGUUCACAAGAAGUGCUACCAACUUGAUUCAAUUCGCUGUUAAACACCUACUAGUACUGACUCCAUAUCUACCCCGAUGGCCGCUACCUCUGGCAUAGGUGUCUCCCCCGAGCUAACAAAGGCAUUCUCCGACGCUGUCGAGACAAAGAAUACCCGUUUCAUCAAAGUCAUCAUUCGCGACGAGUCUCUCGUCUCGAUAGCCUCCCUGCCAGUCGCCAAAUCCUUAAGCGAGGAUUUGGUACAACUUCAAGAAUAUCUUGAAGACAAGGAACCAUGCUACAUCCUAGCGCGUCUCGAUGACCCCCCUUCAGAAUGGCUUAUGAUCAGCUACGUGCCAGAUUUUGCCAACGUCCGAGAUAAGAUGCUGUAUGCUUCAACGCGUGGCUCUUUGGCCAAGUCGCUGGGCUCUACUGUUUUCACUGACAGUCUGUUUGCGACCUCUAAGGCGGACGUGACAUCUGAAGCCUAUGAGGCUCACAAGAGGCACCAGGCUGCACCCAAACCUCUGAGCGCACGGGAGCAGGAAAUGGAAAAUAUCAAGGCAGUCGAAAGAGAAGCUGGAAACAGUUAUGAGGGGAGCAGUGCAAGAAAGAACCACAUUGGUCAACGAGUAGGCCUGUCUUGGUCCUCAGAAGCUGAGGACGCUGUGAAGGGGCUUAGCUCGCUCGAUGAUAGUCGAAUCGUCAUAUUGAAAAUCGAACCAUCAACCGAGACACUUGAGCUACACUCUUUUGCAGAUGUAACAGUGGAUAAUUUGAGUUCAAGUAUACCAAGUGAUGAACCCUCAUUUGCGUUUUAUGCGUGGUCAAACUCGUAUUCUCAGGCAGGUGGAGACAUUGUCUUUAUAUACUCUUGCCCUACGACAUCACCUGUCCGAUACAGGAUGCUCUACUCAUCAGCGGCUAUGUCAACUUAUCUUGCGGUGAAGGACUUCUUGGCGGAAACUGGUUCAACGUUUCCCCUUGCAACAAAGAGGGUUGAAACGUCGGACCCAAUGGAACUCGAUGAGGCGUUCAUCAAGGCUGGUCUUAAUCUUGAUGGACCCGCGAGUACCGUUGCCAAUAAUGCUCGGCAAGAUGACCCUGCGAAACCCUCAUUCGCGAAACCAAGAGGCCCUGCGAGGAGACGAUGAAAACAUGAUUAGUAAAGGGCAUAAUACCCGUUCCAAAUGUACAGAGUAACUUAUUCGUAGUCGCAUGUGAUUUCAAUGCACACGAACUCGGAUUUCAGCUUAUACUUAGUAGAUGGCCACAAUAAUAACCACAUUCACAUCCAUAAAAAGGUCAUGC